UAGAAAUGGCUUCUUCUUCUAAUGACAACAGCAACAUAAGAUUAAAACCGAGAAUGUGCAAUUGUGGAAGAACAGCUGCCAUACAUAUCGUAAAAACUAAUGAGAAUGGAAAUAAAGGGCGUUUGUUCUUUGUUUGCCCAUCAAAAUAUACUGAAAAUCCCAAUUGCAAUUACUUCAAGUUCGUGGCUGAAGAUGACGAAGAUGUGACUUCCACAAUCCGUUCCAACACUAGAGCUUCUGAUGGUGUUACAGUAGAAGACUUUAACGAGCUGAGGAGGAGGCUGUAUGACGUGGAAAAUGAACAUGGCGACUAUGGUCGAAGGCUUCGAAUGGUGGAAAAUAUUUUGAAGGCGAUGGUGUAUUUGAUUGUAUUUGCUUUACUUUUGUACUUUAUGAUGUAA